AUUUUCCGACCACAGUCCCCCUUCCCCGACCCCGAUGUCACCUUCUCCUGCAUCACACAGCUCAGCAGCAGCAUCGCCCCCCAGUCUCCAUUUUUCUUUGUCUCUCUCGAUCUUAAAAAUCCAAAGCAGCCGUCGGACGCGCAUUGCUCUUCUUGCCUCAUCUCCUCGCCUACUCUUCCUCUGCUUCCCCGUCCCCGGGCCUGGAGCUAGAGUUUCUUGAGCUGCUGCUGGUGGCGGUGGUGCCUAGGUGUCGAUCAGCAAUGGGGAGGAGCAGCCACGCCUGCUCCAUUCUUGGCUCGACCCUGCUUUUGCUGCUGUCUCUGGGCUCUGCCGCCGCGCAGAAGGGCUCGACUUGGAAGACCCUAAGUGGAAAGGCUCCAGCAAUCGUUGCUAAGGGUGGCUUCUCGGGCCUGUUUCCCGAUUCCAGUGAUUUUGCUUAUAUGUUUGUUGCGCUUGCUAGCUCUCCCGACACAGCCCUGUGGUGUGAUAUUCGGUUAACCAAGGAUGGUGUCGGCAUCUGCCUUCCGAGCAUACAGAUGGAUAAUUGUACGACCAUAGCCAAUGCUUUUCCAAAGGGGCAGAAGACCUACAAUGUUAAUGGUGUAUCUACUGUGGGAUGGUUCUCUGUGGACUAUAAGUUCACUGAUCUGAAAAAUGUAUUUCUGCAACAAUCGGUCCUAUCUCGUGGACCUUACUUCGAUGGUGUCUUCCAAAUACUUACUGUUGAAGCUGUUUUGUCCCAAUAUAAGGCCCCUGCUGUUUGGUUAAAUGUGCAGCAAGACAGUUUCUACAGCCAGUUUAAUCUUAGCAUGAGAGGCUAUAUCCUGUCGACAUCAAAACAAUCCAUUGUUGACUACAUCUCAUCGCCUGAAGUGAACUUCCUCACCAGCAUAUCUGGAAGAGUUAGCAAGAAGACAAAGCUUGUGUUCCGCUUUCUUGAUGAACGCUCUAUUGAGCCAUCUACAAACCAGACAUAUGGCUCAAUGUUGAAAAACCUAACAUUCGUCAAGACUUUUGCUUCUGGAAUACUUGUCCCCAAAAACUAUAUCUGGCCUGUUACACAAGAUAAUUAUCUGCUGCCCCAUACUUCAGUAGUUGAUGAUGCUCAUAAAGCAGGGCUAGAAAUAUAUGCUGCUGAUUUCGCAAAUGACUUUACUUUCAGCUACAACUACAGCUAUGAUCCAUUAGCAGAAUAUCUCAACUUCAUUGAUGGUGCCUUCUCGGUUGAUGGUGUAUUGACUGAUUUCCCUAUUACUCCUUCAGAGGCAGUUGGUUGCUUUAGUAACCUGAACAACAGCAAGACAGAUCAUGCUAAACCUCUAGUUAUCUCUCACAAUGGUGCCAGUGGGGAUUACCCAGACUGCACUGACCAAGCUUAUGAAAAGGCAGUUGCUGAUGGUGCAGAUGUAAUUGACUGUCCUGUUCAAGUGACCAAAGAUGGCAUACCGAUAUGCAUGAGUUCCAUUGACCUAAUGGAUGUUACAACUGUUGCAACAACACAAUUUUCUGCACAAGCAGUUACUAUAAACGAUCUGAAGGCUACUCCUGGAGUCUUUACCUUCAACCUCACUUGGGAUGAUAUUGUGAGGAACCUGAAGCCCAUGAUAUCAAACCCUAUGAGCACAUAUCACGUAUUCAGAAAUCCCAGAAACAAGAAUGCAGGAAAUUUUAUGAGAUUAUCAGACUUUUUGGCCUUUACGGAAGGAAGGGAUUUGUCAGGAAUCAUGAUCAGUGUAGAGCAUGCUGCAUUCAUGGCAGAGAAGCUUGGAUUUGGUGUGGUAGAUGCAGUGAUCAAAGCUCUUGAUGACUCUGGUUACAGCAAACAGACUGCCCAGAAAAUUAUGAUUCAGUCAACCAACAGCUCGGUUCUAGGGAAGUUCAAGCAGGAAACUAAGUACAACCUUGUCUACAUGAUCGAAGAAGAUGUCAGAGAUGCUACACCUUCCUCCCUUGCAGAUAUUAAGAAGUUUGCUGAUGCUGUUUCUGUUCGUACCACAUCCGUUUUCCCAGAGACCCAUCAUUUUUUGACAAACCAGAGUGAUAAUCUUGUUCAGUCCCUGCAGUCUGCUGGCCUUCCAGUUUAUGUUUACGUGCUCAUGAAUGAGUUCGUUUCUCAACCAUACGACUUCUUCUCAGACGCCACUUCACAGAUCAAUGCAUACGUGCAACUUGCUAAGGUGGACGGACUCAUCACUGAUUUCCCUGGGACCGCUCACAGAUACAAAUUGAACUCCUGCAUGAACAUGGGAAACAACACACCGGCCUUCAUGACUCCUCCCCAGCUGGGGGGACUCCUUUCAGCUAUAAGCCCAUCUGCACAGCCCCCAGCAGCAGCCCCAAUGCCGCUCUUGACGGACUCUGACGUUGCAGAACCACCUCUACCUCUGGUUAGCAACACCACAGCUUCAUCGCCUUCAGACGCCGCCCUCGGAAUGCCGACUGAUGUUUCAAUCCUCGUCACGGUGCUGAUGCUAUGCGCUUCUCUCCUGAUCUGAGGGCAGCCUUGCACAUGCGGGCAUGACACGCUAGAGCUCUGAGAAUUCACGUCGAGCUGCUAAUAGCUAUUCUUUCCACCACUUUAAUGUAGUGGUUCUUUUUGGUUUUGCUGUAUUUUGGGGGAUGGAUGUUCAACUUGAUACCUCAACUAGCUACAUAUUGGUACAUAUGUGUGGUGAUACAUUGUGGUGGUACAUAUUUUUACUGCCUACCUGCCUUUGAAUUCAGAUCGUUAAAUUCACAUUUCA